AUGUGAAUUUCGGUUCCGCUUUUCGAUGCCUGAGGAAAUUUCUCUCGCCGCUCUCCGUAGCCUACUGGGGCGGGAAAUGUAGCGUUGUACCUACACUUCUACACAGCUUAACCUGGGACCACCAUGAGCGGUAGACGCUCUAAAGUGUGGCUUCACUUUGUUAGGAAAGACAAUGGGUCGGCAGAGUGCAACACCUGUUCCAAACGUAUUUCCUCCAAAGGAGGGAACACGACCAAUAUGACGAAACACCUUCGCCUGCACGGUAUACAGAUCAAGGAGUGUACCGUUUUCAACCUGUUUCGCCAGUCUCCGUCCGCCUCACAACCACCGUCGUCUUCCGCUGUCGUCCCGGCUCAACCAACACCGAGCACUCCCUCAGCGGAGCCCUCGCAAUCAGAUGAAAGUUUGCGGUCGCGUAGUUGCGCGGCUACAACGGCUCAAGCUAAAAAGCCCGUCCCAGCCCGUGUCAACCCAUUCACCUUAGCAGCAAAGGGAAAGAUGACAGUAGAGAAAUGUGAGGAGUGCCACAGAAAAGUCACCGCUUUUGUGGUGAAAAGGCUGCAUCCCUUCUCAGAAGUAGAAGCACCUACAUUUCGGGACAUGCUUUUUACUCUUAACCCCAACUACACCCCCCCUACCAGAGAUUAUCUGACAAAUCACUUAAUACCAUCUUGGUAUGAGAUUGAAAAGUCAAAUAUAAUCACUGAGCUUAGUGAAGUUAGCCAUGUUGCCCUCACAUCUGACGGCUGGACUAGUAUUGCGCAAGACCACUACCUUACUGUCACAGCACACUAUUUAGUGGAAGGCAAAAUGAGGCAAAAAGUGCUCCAAACCAAGGCUGUCUACAAAGCCCAGACAGGAAUCGUCAUAGCAGAGGAGAUUGCAGAUGUCUUGACAGAUUUUGGCAUUUUUGACAAAAUAGUGGCAGUCACAGUUGACAAUGCUGCAAAUAUGGAUGUAGCCAUACACAGGCUCCAAUUUGUGAAGCUGGGCUGCUUUGCUCACACUUUGAAUCUGGCAGCACAGAGUCUCUACUCAUUGGCCAUCAUGUCUCAAUGGAUAGCAAAGAUCCGUGCACUUGUUGUGUGGAUUAAGAGGUCAUCAAUGGCUAAGACCGUGCUCCAGGAGAAGCAGGCUAUCCUAAAGCUGCAUCAACACUCGCUCAUACUUGAUGUGAGAACUCGCUGGAAUUCUCUCCACCUAAUGCUGGAGAGAUUUCUCGAGCAAUACCCAGCAAUUCAGGCAGCCAGCUUGGAUCAACGGUUGAGAAAGCCUAUGGAGAGGGACAGACUUGCCCGGUUCACUGACGAAGACCUCAGGCGGGCAGAGGACUUCAUCAGACUGAUGAGGGUUAUGUACACGUCCACCCUCUGCGUUUCUUCGGAAAAGAACCCGACAUCUGGACAGAUUCUGCCCAUUCUCAAAAAGCUUGAGAUGCAUUUUACUGUUACUGAUGGGGACACAGUAUUUGUGUCCAACCUUAAAAAGCAAGUUUGGGGAAAUCUGUCAAAGCGUUACCAGAGUGAUGAAAUCAGGAGCUUUCUGGAAGAGGCUACUGCUUUGGAUCCACGCUUCAAACAAAAGAUGGACGAUGAUGCUGCUGUCUGGGACCGGAUCAAGGGGAAGUUCCUGGCCAAAAAUCUGACCGACUCUGAGAAGUCAACAGAUCUAGACUGUGGAGGAGAUGGUGACGAGAACAUGGAAGGAAUGGAGAGUGAGGCAGAGGAGAAUGUAAGUCAAAUGCAUCCCUGCAAAAACCCCAAAAUGACCCCAUUGGAGGAGCUGUUUGCUGAUGAGGAUGCCCAAAAGGUGACACCACAGCAGAAUUCCAUGUCCAUCCAGGACUUGAGAAUUGAGAAUCGUUAAGAAUCGGAAUCGAAAACUAGAAUCGGAAUCGGAAUCGUGGAAAUUCAAACGAUACCCAACCCUACUAAUAAUACAGUAAACUAUUAACACUGUACAUAUUAUUGUUUGCCCGUGGGAUUAGGAUGAUC